AGGCGAAUAUUUAUGUAAAUAUAACAUAUAUGUCAAUAUAUUUCAAAUGAAAACACGUUAUAUACCGGUGAUCGCUUUCAUCAGAAUUUGCGUGAUAGGAUUUUUGAGCUUCAUGUUUUUUUCAUGGUCACGUGGUAGCAUUUAAGAGAUGAACCGUAAGAAAUUGAAUUCAACGACCUCCGCGUUGUGUACGAUAUUAUAUAUUCACAAUGCUCUGAAUUUUGAGGCCCAGUGACGUCACCAGGGGGGCUGGCACACCAGUUAGCAGUUGGUAAAACAUACAUUCAAAGAAAUUACAGUAUUUGCGUUGUCGUGGAUUUCUCCAAAUAAUCAGGUUAAAGCAAUUGAUACCAGACCCACGGAUCAACAUCGUUGAUCGGGAAAUUAUUUUCGAAGGACAACAAAAAUGGGGCGCAGAAAAUCCAAGCGAAAGCCUCCUCCCAAGAAAAAAAUGACAGGCAACUUGGACACCCAGUUCACGUGCCCGUUUUGUAACCACGAGAAAUCCUGCGACGUAAAAAUGGAGCGAACACGAAACACGGGAAUCAUUUCAUGCAGCGUUUGCUUGGAGGAGUUCCAGACACCUAUAACUUAUCUGUCGGAACCAGUGGACGUUUACAGUGACUGGAUAGAUGCGUGUGAAGCAGCCAAUCAGUGAUGAUUUCUUCACCCCUCAACUGGUACAACAAC